GUGAAAUUUUCUCAUACUAAAAAUUCUAAUUAAAAGUAUAGUGUAAACAAAAGUUCGCAAUAUAUAGAUUUUCUAAAAUAAAUAUCCUUUAUAAUAAAUAUGUUUAGCCCUUAGAAUAAUGUAGCAGCAGCCGCAGCAAAUCCUUUAUAAAGAAACUAAAUGCUUUCAUAGUUGUUGAGAUAGUGCAAUUAUAAUUAAAUUGGCGCUCUAAACAAUACAUGCUUUUAAGUAUUUAGCUCAUACACUGAAAUGACUCCUUGCCUUUAGACAAUGAAGGUAGGAAAUACAACUUAAAAUGUAAUUGAACUUGUUGGAAAUGUUGGCAUUAAGUUGAAUAAUAACACUUAUCACGUUCUUACUCAUAUAGUAUUCCCCUUAUAGUUCCCUACUUGUCCUCCUGUUAUCAGAAUUAAGAACAUUAAUCCUGAUAAAUUCUGCGUUAAUGCGAAAUACCUACAAAACUACACAAAUGAUGGCUUCAUUACUCUUUAUUUGUCUGAGACAUAAACUUGGAAUCAGCAUCAAAAUAUUUUAAGACUUCUAUAAUAAAUGCAAAAAGAACUCUCAGAAGCAUUCCCUUUUUAUGAGAAAAAGCAAUAGUUCUAAAAUGGAAUGGGAUAAGUAUAAAGCAAUCCCAAUAGCCCUUAUAACUAAUAUAACUACUAAAAUUAAUAACGUCCUCCUAGUUCAUUUUAAUAAAAUACUUAUGUAAAUUAAGGGGGUUAUCAGUAAAAUUAAUACAAUAACAUGUAUGGAAACUAUUAGCAACCACCAAAUCCACUAUAAAUCAACAAUAACAAUAACAAUAAUAAUUUUGUAGGAGGAAAUCAACCUAUUUACAUGGGAGUAGGUUAAUAGCCUUAAUACGAAUAGUAAGUAGCAGUUAGAUUAAAAUAGGAACUUGAAGUCACAUUAAAAGGAAUAUUAGAAGAGUUUAAUGAAGAAAAAAAAUCAUCUGAUCAGCUCUACAGCAUUAAAUAAAAGCUUGAUGAAAAUGAAGUUUCUUGUAAUUAGUUGGAGGAAGAAAUUAGAAUGAAAUCAAGUUUAAUCCAAUAGCAAAUUUCAAUUCUUUAAGAAUUUAUCUCUUAAAAUGAUUCUGCUAGCAUAAACAAGGACAAUGUAUAAAACUUCAUCAAAGAAUAAAAUCCUUUGCAAAACUAAAUUUUAGAAUUAACAAGUGAAUAAGAAGCUAUUAAAGAAACUAUUAUAUAUAUUGAAGAAGCCUUUAAGUAAAAAAAAAUAGAUUUCGAGACAUUAAUCAAGUCUAUUUAAUACUACUCUGAAUUAGAAUUCAAUACUAAAUUACUCUUAAAAAAAUGUGUGGCAAAUUAUAAAAAAUGA